AGAUUUUUGUGCUUGUUGUGACGGUAGUUGCAAUAAUGCACUUGUGACAACAGAGAGUGACCACACAUGCAGUGCACGGCUCUCAUAUACGCUUCAAAAUGCUUUCACAGUGGAUUUAGGAAAAAAAAAAAAAGUGCGAAACGUAAUACAUUGUCAGCAAAGCGACCGAAGGGCCAGCUGGUUUACAUGAAUACAUCGGACACCACGGGAACGGAACUGUUGUAUCUUCCCAGAAUGCGUGCAGUCAUCCAGCGAGUUCGGUCAGCAGCAGUGCAUGUCGAUGGACGCCUCAUAAGCAGCAUCGGCCGUGGCCUGUGCGUCUUGAUUGGCAUCCACAGGGAUGACACUGAAGAUGACAUUGAUUACAUUGUACGCAAAAUUCUCAAUCUCAAGUUGUUUGAUGAUGAUGCUGGCAAGCGGUGGAAGCUGUCUGUGAGGGAGCUGCAGUUUGAAGUGCUUUGUGUGAGUCAGUUCACGCUGUAUGGCACACUCAAGGGAAACAAGCCCGACUUCCAUCUCGCCAUGGAAGGAGACCGUUCGAAGCAGUUCUACGAGAGGUUUCUUCACAAGAUCAGGACGGAGCACAAGGAGGACUUCGUAAAGAACGGAGAGUUUGGAGCAUUAAUGCAAGUGGACAUUCAGAACGAUGGCCCUGUAACCCUGGAAAUUGAGUCGUCUGCCUUCCGGAAGGCCGUGCCUUUGCCACAAGAGCGGGGAGAACCGGAUGGUGGUGCUGCGGACAAUUCAGUUCCUUGAGUGAAAUCCAAGACUGUGAUGUCGUAGCUUCGUGUCAUCUUCCACCGUUGGAGGGCACCCACUGACUUAUAAUCGGACCUCCACUGGAAGAGCGAUGAUGCAUAGUCUAGCUUUUCGUGGUAAACUAGGCAUUGUCCAGUGGGUAUCUAUAAGCACAGCUUCUAAGCCACACAAAUGUUACUGGCGGUGGUGGGGUGAGCUUUUUGCUAUCUAUUACUGUAUGCAAAGCUGGAUGUGUGAUACAGCGUAACAAGAUCUCAGCAGCUUGACCCAAUUUGCCACCUGGCUGCCGUUAACGUCUAUCACUAAGGACGAAUAGCAGUAAAACACAGAAACAAUACACCAGAAACCACAGCUAAACAGAAAAACACUGAAGCAACGAUCGCAGCUCCGUUGUUUUCUCCGAUUUCACUCCUUGGAACUGUUUUCAGUUUUUGCCCACAUAAAAGGUAAAACUGUUGGCGAGAUCAUAGAAUUCAUGUCAUAAAAUAACAUUGGCAGUGGAGAUUGAAUUUGCCUGUACCCAGUGCUACAACAACAAAGCAGCUAAAUUUAUGGCACUGCACGUUGUUCCGUGUUCAUGUUUUCUUUUUCCCUUGUUGGUAUCGGUCUAAAUUUUGACAAAUAGGUAAUGAGAAAUACUAAUGCACCACCACCACAGAUAUGCUAAAAAACAGUAAAUAGGUAAGCUCUGCUUGCUACUUUGCAAUCAUUAUUACCGAGACUCCAGCAAAACUCUUAGGUGCAGACCUAGAGAACGUAUUGCCAAAAAAAGGCCUUUGUAGUACUGCAAAAUCCCAAGCAAGGGCCCUGAAGAUUUGAAGCGUGCGCCAAUGCCCAAGCAAGCCCCAACCCCCUCUCGCCAAUUUUUCGAGGCCUGUCCUCCACCCCAGAAUCCGGCAGCAUCAGUUUCUAGUUGCCCGACUGCUCAGUCUUUUAAUAUGCGCACGAUUUCUUUGCACCUUUACUGUGUGGUGAUGCAAUGUAACAUCCUGUAGAGUCACAAAUGAUUGGAACAUUUGAAGAAUGUCUUUCCCCCUUGUCAUAAUGCUAUAAAUGACACACAAGGAUUCCCUAUGGCUAAGUAAAAACAGUAAAUGCAUACAUAUUCAAUUAAGCAUUUGACUGGAACCACUACUCAGCGGCUCUUCUGCUGCCAUCUUGACUUUUGGUUCAUGACAGAACAAAAAAUCCCCCUCAAAUCUUGUCCGAUCAUCUUUCACUGUAAAGGGGGCGGGGCGCUUGCUCAGGAUUUUAUGGUAAUGUGUAGCAAAAUGGCCUCUUGAUAGCAGUUUGGAGCAACAAAGUGGCCUUUUGUACCAACAGUUGAAAGGCAAUUCACAAUUUUUUUUUUUAUAAAGAGCAGCGUAGUUUCUUUUUUGGGCAAUUAAUCUCACAAAAUGUGAUACUCUUUGAAACUGAUGUCCACCUUUAAGGUUGACAGUGAUAGGAUAAUGUCAUUCUAUAUUUCAAAUUUCAAAUAGGGCAUACGGCAUAAGAGACUCUCACAUGGGGACGCAUCACCUGGACCAACUAGUAUAACACUCAACGUUACAUAAUGCUGCAUUUGAAUUCGCUGUGAAUGAAACCUACAGCAAAAUAUCAGCGGAGAAUAAAAAUACCCCUUUUAAGGGAACACAAUAA